AUGUCAGAGUCAUUCUAUACCUCAUCCACAGCUGGGACAAUCCCCCCUGCCGCACCGAUCUCGCCACCGCCUCCAACAUCAGCGACCGGCGCAGUUGGCGCACCGCCUCCCCCUCCUCCGCCAAAACCCAUAUCUCAUCUCUCCCAAAGCACCAACCCCAGCAGGUCUGCAACACCAAUUCUGGCACCAACACCCACCACGGCUCCCGCCCCCCCAGCUCUGCCCGGCAAGGUAGACUCUCCCCGUCCACAACCACCACUACCCAUUGAACCGCACCAGACAAGCUCUCCCAUUCCCGGCCUCCAGUCAUCACAACAAUCAAUACCUCAAGAACCAUAUCAAGCAAUUCCCCCGCCGUCCAUUACUGAACGCUGGCUUCCACCAAACGUCUCCAAUAAACCUCUAAAUGAACUCCAUCCGCUGCUCAACAAGCCGUCCCUGGUUGCCUGCCUGGCCUCCCAACACCCCUCGUACGCCUCCUCGCUCAUUCCUCUAGAAAGGGCCAUCCAGCAAAACGUCCAACUCGCUCAACAGGUCGCUCAUCUGGAAAGUCAACUCCGUGCCCUGCGUGACGAGACUGCUCAGUUGCUUCUAAACCAUACGGGCGUGCAGACCCAGUGGCGCAGGAAACAGAGUGAAAUGGACGAUGCUUUAGCGCCCUGGGGCCCGAGACAGAUGUAUCAGCGGCUGGUCUCGAGUACUAAUGAGCAGGAGGCGGUGCUAAAGGCUAUGCAAGAGAGUUUCCUCGAGGGUGGGAACGAUGAUGAUGCAUAUUACGGAGGUGCGAACGGCGGGAAGGCGAGUGAGAAGGAGGUCACCGAAUGGGUCAGGAGGAUAAAAGAAGGUGCAACGAUAUUGGAAAAGAGAAGAGAAAUGCGAGCACGGUGGGAUGAAGGAAGAGUGGGCGGUUGGAGGUGA